CCUCUUUUAAAUAAAUAAAAUAAAAUAUUUAUUUAAAUCAUUAAACCCCCCCUCCCCACCCCACUUGCAUUCUCCUAAAAAUGCAAAUUGCACCUAUAUGUUGAAAUAAAUGAAUUUUAUUUUAAUAAAAAUCCUAUUUUUCCUCACCCACCAAACCCACUUGCAAUCCUAAUCCCCUUCUAGAUUCUUCUAAACCCCUUCCUAAUUAGUCUAAUCCAUUCCCUAAAUAUUGUCACAUUCCUAAGCAACUUGGAGUCACUUCUCAAAGACUCAAAGUAUUUGAAAAGCAUUAAAUGUUUUGUGUGUUCAACAAUUUAACCUCUAAAGUCUUCCAAACCACUCAUGGCUCUUACAUGACCAUUAAUGGUUAAAUCCACUUGUACCUAUGGUUAGGGACUUUGACCCCUAACUUAACCCUCAUAUAACCCAUGUGUCCUCAAGCAUUUAUUGCUUUGACCAUGGUUAUCCCUUUAACCUUUGCACAAGAGUUUAUCUAUUGGAUAAAAGCAUUAUUCUUUGGAUAAUGAAUUUAUUCACUCAACCCAACCUUAACCUUACCUCCCAAGUUAACUCUCAGGUCAUGUCAAGCAUUUAAUGCUUAUUCCCUCUCAUCUCAACUCAUCUCAUGUUGACACUUGUCAUCCUGGGAUUGGGUUGAAAGUCCUCACAUGGAUCCUGACCCUUGUUGAGAUUACUCAAUCUCAACCAUCCAUUGCUCCAUUUUUCUUAUAAAUAGAGCCCAUUUUUUCAUAAUCCAAAUCCUGAAAACUUGUAUGCAUUUACAUUAUAGUGAAUUUUAGAGAAAGAGCAUUUAGCAUAAAUAACAUAUAUUGUCAUUUUGGACAAAAAUAAAUCUUAGUUCAUUUCAUAGCAUAUCUAAUUAGUUUUGUUCACAUUUGCAUAUCAUUUUGAGAACAAUCAUUUGUCAAACUUGAACCUCCAUAAGGCAUCCAUAGUGCAAAAAGCUACUGAGAGCUACACUAAUUUGAAACUUGGAGAGGAGAGGAACAAGGAAUUCAAGUCUAUAAAUCUGUCUCUUAUUUCAGUAGAACUUACCUGUACUGAUGCCUGCAAGAGCAUGCAAUUAUCUCCCAUUUCAGUAGCGUUUAUAUAAUCUUACGUCUUCUAGACCAUAUGAUAGUCUCUCACUUCACUAGUGUUGACAUUGCCUUAUGCCAUUAGACCAUACAGUAGUCUGUCAUUUCAAUGGUGUACAUAAUCUUGCACGUUGUUUACUCCUUUGAGCAUUUCUUUUUUCUCUAAUUUUCUUGAGAUCAAUAUAUUUGGGAAAAAAAAAGAAUAUGGCCCUUUGAACUAGUUUUUACAUUCUCUUAUGUCCACAAGACCACAUAAUAGUCUGUCAAUUCACUAAUGUCUACAUCAUCUUGUGUCUUGUUUUCUCAUUUGAGUACUUAGCUUUUUCCUUCUCUAAUUUCUUUGAGAUCAAUGUAGUUGGCCAAAAAAAACAUUAUGGCCAUUUGAACCGGUUUUCUUAGCUGAUAUAAGUGGAUCUAAAUUUAUGACAUAAAAGACUUGUGAAUUCCUAACUAUUUCAUUAUGUUUAUGGUUUUUUUCUUCCUCAUGGGUCGAUGUUGACCUAGAGGAAUAAGAAUACUAUUUUUGAGCACUUGUGUGCAAAUUAGAUAAUCAUAAAACUCUUAUCCUGAUGAGCGUAGUACUUCUUGAUUAUAUUAGAAUGAGAUCCUAGUAAGGUUAUUGUGUUGCAUGAAAUGGAGUUGAGGAGAACACAAUGAAGAAAACAAAUUUUAGGGAUCCAUGAAAAUUAAUUGUUUCUUGCAUAGAAACUUUCCAUGUAUGACAUCAACAAUCUGUAAAUGAGAAGCCUAAUAAAUUCUUAAAUCCUCUUAAUAGCAAAAUAAUCAGCUGACCCAGUGGGAUCCUCAAUACAUGUGUCCAAUAUGUUAAAAAAUGGUUAUGGCGUAUGAAAUUGCAAUCCAAAAUUUGUAAGAAAUCCUGAGCAUAGAAGGGCAGCUGGGAAAUAGAUUUUGAAGUUACAGAAAUGUACUGUCACUACAUAUCUUCUUUGAUAUCUAUGUUGAUCGACAUGUUUGAACAAAAUGGAAGAAAAAUUUGAAGAAUUGAUAGUUUCUAGUGAGUAGCAUAUAUAGCCAUAUUGUAAACUCAUUUCUACGACUAGCAUUUUCAGAUCACAGAUUGGAAUACAGAAGGUAAGAUCUCAGCCUAAAGUACAUAAUUAGCUCUAUCCAUACUCUGAUUCUAAGCUCAUUUUUUUUGGCUCAAGCAUUUCCAGGGACUCAUAUACAGAAGGUAUAUUCAGUGUAAAGCGCAUAGCUAGCAUCUUAUCCAUACUCUGAGGAAGAAAAUCAGAUAGUGGCUUAGGAUUUCAAGAAACGAAGGGAGAUACUAUUAUCAAAGAUUGAGGGAAAUAUACAACUGACUGAUAGAGCAGCUUUAAUGUUCAUAUUUUGCAUGAUGGCAGUAACAUUCAACAAAGUCAACAAAGGACACUAAAACUUUGUUUAAGUUUCCGAAGGAUGGUGAAAUGGUUAUAGCAUCAUUAUUAUACUUUCUACAAGCCUAGCGACUGAAACCAAAUGAUCAUUUGUGGGUAUUGAUGGUAGUGUUUCCAACCAAAAAUAUGCAUAAUUCAGCUGUUACAGCAGCCAUUGAUCAGCUCUUCUAUACAAUGAUGGGGAGUCAAACUGAAUACAUAUCAUCGAAGUGGAGCAGAAAUUCAGCUCAUAAACUUUUCCGUGAUAUUUAUAUAUGCAUGAUAAAUUAAAGUUGCAGGCAGUGAUGAUUGACAAGUGUCAUCAAAAUAGAUAUACAAGAAAUUCAAAUAUCAGUUAAAGUAAUAUGUUAAAGAAUUAUAGUUCGGUGAUAAUGAAGCAACAAAACAAGUUGUUGAUAUCACCAAGCAGGACAAAAAUAAGCUUAUUAACAGAUUAUCAAUGAAGCAAAGUCAAGAUCUAUGCAAUUGAAAAUGAAUUUUGGAAUACAGUCUUCUAAGUUUGCUAAUGGCGUCAGCAUCAAGUAAAAUCUGAUGCCGUGACAGAAGAGAGAUGCACUCGGAUGAUUUGCAGUGUAGUAAAGAGAUGAUUUGAAGGAUAGUUAAAGCAACAUGGAGAGUCCAAAGAGACUAUAAACUAUUAGAUUUGUAGAGAAAAUAGUCACAGAAGGGGCUUGGUACAUUUUCAUUAUCUUGAUUCUCUAACUAUUGUGGGUUCAAUUGGUUUCCAAGUACCAAGUUAUUAUUGGAUGUUAUCUUUAUUCCUUGUAUAUGCUUCAGUAUAAACGAGUGAUCUGAGAUGAUUACUACUUGCCUCAUCCUAGUACUUCAGUAGUGUAGGAAAGGACAUUGACUAGUGUAAGAGUGAGGAGAUAGAUGUAGGCAGAUGCUUUGGCAUUUUGUUAUACUUGUAACUAGAUAUGAUAGAUAAUACAUUUAUGAUCAUAUGAGAAUGAUUAUGUGCAUAUUCCUUUACUUGAUUUCUUAUUUAUAUUUAACCUUGUUGGUUGUGUUUUUUACUUCUGAUGCAUCCGUCAUGUAAUCAGUCUACAUCAAAUUUUGUACUGAUGAUUAAGAGAGCUCUAUCCAUUGAUUCAGAAGGCCUAUACUCAUUGAAGAUGCUACAUAUUGCUGAUGAGUAUAACAAGAAAAUUCCUGUUCCAGCAUUUCUGUCUUUUUUCUUUCAUUAUGGGUAACUUCCUUUUAUGUUUUACACAUGUAUGUAGGGUUCUAGUUUCCAUUAAUUUAUUUAAAGAAUAUUUGUUUCUUUCUAAUUAGUCACGAACAUAAUGUAGUCAAUUGUGUAAAUUCCUUAGUCUAAAAUGGUGAUCCUAAUAGUGAUAUGUGUUGGUGGCAAUAUUGUACACGGAAAUAAAACUAGUUAAUUAAGUUGUAAUUGUGUUGGUUAGUUGACAACCGAGGGGUGGCAGUUGCGGUGCGACGGUUGGCGCUCGCACCCCCUCGGUAUCUUUAUAUACUUCAGAAUGUAACUUGUAAAGGGACGAAUUAUGAAUGGAAUAACAUCUGAUAUAUUGCAUCUGAUAUCUGUGGCAUUAUUAUUCUGCAUUACGUGUUUUAUCUGUGUGCUUUAAGUUAUUCACCCGAGAGGGUAAACAUUCGGUGCCGUUGCCUAGACGUACUCAGGAAUGGAAAACGCAGAUGGCGCACAAACACGAUGGGCCUACCCGUCGGUGAGAUUAACCCAGAGGCCGACGACACGCAAACGGAAAAAUCAUCAUGGGAUGCAGAGCGUGAUGGCAAGAGGCGAAGGGGAAAUUGAACCCUGUAAUAAUCCCGGCACAAUGUUGAGAUAAAUUGUGGCCGAAAGGAAAAAUAAUUAAAGUUUUUUUUUGUGUACAUGGCGUGCGCUUGCUAUGUACAGAAGUGAUUUAUGCCCAAUGUAUUAAAUAAAGAUAGAAAUAAAAUAAAAAACAGAAACGGACGAGUGGGAGGUCGCGUAGAGGGCCUUGAUUCUGGAGCAGCAAGUAGAACAAAGGCGUAGGCUAAGGCAGCUUGCCGAGGGACGACCGGCCGAGGGGUUGCUCGAAAGGAACCUAGGAGGUGUCACGGAGGUUGCGGAGGCAGAGAUAGACGGAGAGAAGUACACUCUCUACACUGUCGUAGGGUUGCUCGAAGGAAACCUAGGAGUCACGGAGGGUGCCGAAGGCGACCUCUACAGUUCGCCUGAAUACCACCACCGUAAGGUAAGAAGUCGCCAAGAGUUGGUGGAACAAACAAGGCGAAAUCUAAACUUGAUUGACGCUACCAGAAACCUACUAAAAAAUUUGUCCAUUUUGGAGGACAACUGGAGGGAGACGACCGAAGGUGAUGGUACGGCCGACGGUGCCAAGGGAGCACAAGGAUACCGUACGAGAGGCAAUCUGUUCGGUUCGGGGUCAACAACCUUCUCCGGAGGACCCACGAGUGGAGGGUCAGGUGCAGGAGGUGGAGGCGAAGGAUCACCAGGUACAAGCACACAAGGCACCAAAGGAGCGAGACCGAGCGGUGGGAUGGCCAGUAAACAGAAGUUGCCGAAGUUCAACGGCGAUGGGAAGGAAGAUCCCGUUCGCCAUUGUCGAACGUGCGAAACCAUAUGGUCAACGAACGGUGUUACCGACCAAGAUGAAUGGGUAACACAAUUCCCAGCAACCUUGAGAGGAGUGGCCAUAGACUGGUACUCAGAUAUGGACAAGGCCAAAGUCGGCACAUGGCCCGACCUGAAGGAAGAGUUUGGGGUAGAGUUCCGCCUCUUGAGAGAUGACAACGAAAUAGUCGCCGAGAUCUAUGGAACGAAGCAGAACAAGAACGAGACUAUCCGAGCCUAUAGUUGGCGACUAAAGGAACUAUUGGGAAAAAUGGAGAGUCAACCAGUAGAUGGGUUGAAAAAGCGAUGGUUCGUGGAGGGACUAAAGCAUUCCCUCCGAAAAAAGAUGAAAAUCGUUCCACCUACAUCGUACGAAGAUGCAUACAAUAGAGUGAUGGAUCUCGAGAGCGAGACCAAGACAUUGAAGAAAAAGGAGGAGGAGGAUAGCUCGUCCGAGGAGGAUGACUCGUCACAGGAAAGCAGCAGCGACAACGAGGCUGGCAAACGGGUGCAAGCACUCCAGAAAGACAUGGAGCGAAUGAGGAGGGAAUUCAAAACAAUGAGAAGCACCACUUGGACCGAAGGGGACAUAUGGUGCACUGAGUGCAAAGAGGAGGGGCACACAAAGGGUACUUGCCCGAAGAAAGCAUUCUACGAGAUUUGCCAAUUGAUGGGACACUCCACCAAGGAGUGCCCAUACAACAUGAAAACCCGAAGUACGCAAAUGAGCCAAGUGUUGUUCACGGAGCAAGCCACAACGUUCGCACCAGCGGGUACGGCCCAACAAACCAACACAACGGCAUCAUCUGGAGGUUACCGAGACAACAGACGCGGCGGCGGAAGGAAUAGCAACAAUAACAAUAACAGAAGCCAUAUCUAGUAUGAUGCCAAGGGCCGGCCAAUUAUCCAAUGUAGGGCCUAUAAUCAGUGGGGGCACUUCGCCCGUGAUUGCACAAAGGAAGUCACCCCUCAGCACCUCUGCCGAUGGUGUGGGCCAGGCGACCACGAGGACGCAAAUUGCCCACAGGUAGGGGUUAAUCUCCUCAACAUUGAGAAGGCUGAGAAGACUGGUGAGAAAGAAGUACUGGCGAUCAUCCGUGCCGAGACGAAAAAGGCCACUUAUCCCGACCCCUGUACGGAGAAGGAGAGAUUACGGGAGGCAAAGGCCAAUAUUGAACAUGAGAUGAUGGUUGAACAAUGGGACAACGAGGUGGCGAGUACAUCAUCCCGUACAGAAGCGGAAAAUAACAUCAUUGGGCAAGUAUUGCAGAUGGAAGUACCUAUAAGGGUAAAGGACCUUCUAGAAACAAUGCCACAGUUAAAAACCGCCAUUUUUAGUUCCAUACAAUCCACUACGCAGGCACCUUUGCGUGCCACACGGGCGGAAGUUUCGGUCAGCCCCUCGGCUGACCCAAUGUUGUUGGCCUUAAAUAGUGGUCGACAUCCUGCUGUAGUAGAGAUGGGAAUUCUCAAGGCUAUCCUCAAAGACAACAUCGUGGACGGAGGUUCGGGGGUGAAUGUACUGCCAGAGGAUACGUGGAAGAGGCUGGGGAAGCCAACACUAUGGCCACCCACGUUCAACUUGGUAGGUGUAGACCAGCACGGCAUCAAGCCACUCGGCACCCUGAUGGGCCAGCCGGUCACCAUCGGCACGCAACCUUUCAUACUAGAUUUUGUGGUAAUCCCAAUCAAGAAGAAGGGGUACGACGCCAUCUUAGGCAGAGGGUGGCUGGUUACAGCAAAGGUGAACCACGACUGGAAAAAGAACACUCUUUCUAUGGAGAAAGGGGGGCGGAAGUUAACCAUUGAUCUGAGGACCCAGGUUGUUGACGAGGAACUGGCAUCAUCUUCGAAAUCAGAGGAUGAAGAAAAAGGCGACCCGAGGGACGAAGGAUGGGACUGCAGGGAGCCCAACGACGAAGGGAUUCUCAAACUAGGAGAGUGCUCUGAGGAUGAGACAAGGUCAUUGAAUGGGCUCUUCCAUUGGUAGAUGGAGGAUUAUGAAAUGUUCCAGAGCUACAGGCUCGAAGUAGAGGAACCAAAGCAAGUAACAAAGGUGUACCUGCCAGAAUACAUAGAAUAUUGGAAGGGAGACGCCCCAAACCUCAGUGACGUAGAUAAUCCGAAGAUCAAUUGUGUCAGCAACGAUUGGAACCCUGUGUGGAAGGCCACAACCUUCAAAAUCUUUAUUCUUCUUCUUCUUCUUAUGUACGGGAAGGAGACUGUGGUCCCUGUAGAAUUUGUGGUUCCAAGUCUUCGGAUGGCCAUCGAAAAUAGACUUGCCACCAACGGGUCCAAAUUGAAACCCUACCACAAGAAGCGCGCAGGGGACUCGAGAGGCCGGAAGGACACCCGAGAGUCCAGAGGGGGACCCAAUAGGAUGGAAGGGGACUCGAGAGGCCGGGCAGGCGACUUGAGAGGCACAGAACCAACGCGGGAGACUCUUGGGCGAGGAAAACCGAGAAGGAUGAAGGGCGAUCCCAAAGACAGGGCACCCGAGCUGACGACUCCCUAGACAACUAAAUUGGGAAAUUCGAAAAAAAAAAAAGUGCGGUCCGUAUGACGACCGUACAAAAAAAAGAAAAAAAAAAAAAGAAGAAAAAGAAAAAAGAGAAAGCCAUGGUGGAGCCACCGUACGGUAGCACCACCAUGCGAUGGCAACACUGGCGGUGGGACCACCGGGCGGUGGCAACACCGUCAGUGUGACCACCGAUGGUGGCCCACCGUGCAGUGGCAACACCGAUGGUGGCCCACCGUGCAGUGGAACGGUGGCAACACCGACGGUGGACCACCGUGCGGUGGAAACCACCGUUGGCGCAAGGAAUAAAGGCGCGGAGAAAACGCAAACAAACACGUAGCCCCCACACAAACAAACACAUAGCCAUACGGUGGAGGGGUGUUGACCGCAUGGGAAGGUGGUCAUACGAUUGGAGGUGUCAAUGCUGUUGUUGACCGUAUGAGGAGAUUGUAUGGCUGGGGUGCCAUCAGGGACAUUACAAAGGAAACUUUUAAAAAAAAUAAAAACGACGACGACCAGAGUGAAAAAAAAUUUCAAUGACAUCGGAGCCAAGACGCCGAAAAUAUUAGAGUGGAGAAGAAGGGUUUUGACAUCAUAAAAUAUCACAGAAAUGAUGCGCGCCAUGGACUUUUGUGUGGUUCUGAGGGUUGUAAAUUGGUGUUGGCGGCAAGGAAAAACGACGACGACCAGAGUGAAAAAAAAAUUUCAAUGACAUCGGAGCCAGGACGCUGAAAAUAUUAGAGUGGAGAAGAAGGGUUUUGACAUCAUAAAAUAUCACAGAAAUGAUGCGUGCCAUGGACUUUCGUGUGGUUCUGAGGGUUGUAAAUUGGUGUUGGCGGUGGGGAAAAAUGACGAUGAUGACGACCAGAGUGAAAAAAAAAUUUCAAUGACAUCGGAGCCAAGACAAUGAAAAUAUUAGAGUGGAGAAGAAGGGUUUUGACAUCAUAAAAUAUCACAGAAAUGAUCGGAGCCAGGACCCCACGAGGGGCACUGCCCCUCGACCCCGCUGGGGGCACUACCCCCAGACCCCCAGUUUAUUUUUGAGCUACAAUACACUUUUUGAGUUGGGCAAAGGGCAUCAAAGAAGGCACGGUAAGUGUUGGGUUGUCCCGUACUGUGAGAAAGAAGCCUAUAGCUAAGCAUUGGCGGGGAAGCCAUAAGCCGUAGAGGGAGACGGAUUUGGAGGUUGCGAACAAACAGAGUUUGAGGGAAGGCAUUGCUGACACGCGAAGUCAUACGACACUAGAGAGUUAUUCAGUUCAGUUAUCAGCCUUUGGGGAGUGUGAUGGAGGAUUUGAGGUGUCUCGUAGCCUUUUUGACAGAGGGUUGUGGCCACCUCCAGGCAUGAAUGGUACGCUUUGAGGAACUUGGAGUAUGUCUCGGCUGGACGUGAGGUUGCCUUGGUGGAUGCAGAGAGGGCUCGAGAGGAGCUGACCACCAGGUUGGAGGUAGUACUAGCGUGAGACGUAGCUCAGCGUACCCAGGAGUUGGAUGCCGAGAGGGCAACGCCGGUGGCUAUCGAGGACAAAUUGGCUAGGGAGACAGUAUCAUUUGAGUAGCAGUUGGUGGAGGCUGAGACUGAAAAGCAUGUUUUGCAGACAAGUUUGGUUUAGGCACAGGAGGACUUUGAUGUCAAAAGAAGCAAUAAUGGUGAAAUCCGCACUUGAGCAUCAGAUGGUAGCAGAAAAGGGUUUUCAGGCGAGGACGCAGCAAGUGUAUAAGUUUCGGGCUCGACCGGCGUCAGCAGUUCUAUUUAAUGUCAUCUCUAUUUUGUGUUAAGUCGUCCGAAGACGACUUCUUUUCUUUUGGGGGGAUGAUGUUGGCGGCAAUAUUGUACACGAAAAUAAAAAUAGUAAAUUAAGUUGUUGUGUUGGUUAGUUGGCAACCGAGGGGUGGCAGUUGCGGUGCAAUGGUUGGCGCUCGCACCCCCUCGGUAUCUUUAUAUACUUCAAAAUGUAACUUGUAAAGAGACGAAUUAUGAAUGAUAUAACAUCUAAUAUAUUGCAUCUGAUAUCUAUGGCAUUAUUAUUUUGCAUUACGUGUUUUAUCUGUGCUUUUUAAGUUAUUCACCCGAGAGGGUAAACAAUAUGUAUUAAAGGGAAUUUACCUACAAAGUUCUAGUGGAAGAUCCUUAAAUCCUUGAAAGCUAACACAUUUAUAUUCUUUGUCAAAUUAGCUUUAUUUUUUGCAUUCUCCUUGAUCUUGUUGAAUUUUCAUGUAACUUAUCCUUCCCUUUCCACUAAGCGUAGCUUAUUCUCUGAACAUACUUUUUUAAACAAAUCCAUUUUGAAAUGGAAUAUGUUAGACAAGAAUACAGUUAUUUACAAUCAAAUUUUGAUAGAUUUAAGGAAAGAUAGAAGCAAAAAUCCAAAGUAAGAAGGAAUAGGCACCAUGUGUAACAAACUGAAUUCAAAACAUCCUGCUAACAUUUGAAGAGUCCUUAACUAAAUCUAAAAGAUAACAGCUUAAUUUUGAAUUAAUGGUUUCUUCCAUACACAUCUUGCAUGAUGAAUAUUUGUCGAGGCAGAAUCUGAAUGCUAAUUUAAGUACAAAGUGCAUGCAUGCAUAUUUCUAAAGGAAAUAUAAGCAUUCUAAUUCCAAUUUACAGUAGACAUUAGCCUUUUCAAAGAGGCAAAACUAGCUUACAAAUGAAUGAAACUUGCAGAAUUAGUAUUAACUUAUUAUCCAUUUGUUCCAUUGCUCCGUAUACUUCCGAAGUUGUCUGCAUGUAUGUUUCCUAAGCGAUGGCGUGUGAAAAUUGCAUCUUUUUUCUUAAGUGUAUGGUCUAGAGUUUCUAGUCUUAAAUUUCAUUACUGUUGCAUUCAUCAUUUUCUAUUGAACUUUGUCUUGAU